GUACCAGCUCCAUUCUCAACACCUUCCUUCCUUAACAAACUUCUGCUGUCGUAAUUUAGUCAUUUGGGCGGGCCGAUCCCACCCUGCCGUGAACUUGAAUAGCGUGCAGCUCUUCUGGUGCCCAGCAGGGUAGGCCGGACGGUGCCCUGGGCCGCGUGCCCUCCAGCCGCGCGGGGUCCCGGACGCCUGUGGGGGCGUCGCGGAGAGUCGCGGCCGCGGGUGGCCGCUACGGCGCAUGCUCGGCUGGCGCCUCCGCGGGGGCGGGGCGACGGGCGCGCGGGAAGGCCCAGCUUGGCGUUUGGUUGCCGCGCGUCAUGGCUCUAUCCGUACCCGACUACUCGCCCAGCUUCAAAAAGCCGCCCGAGACGUUGAGGCUCCGCCGGAAAAAGCCCCGGAGCCAGGGAACUGUCGCCUCAGCGUCCCCCGAAGCUGCGGCCCGCCGCGCCGCCCUGGUGGCCGGGCUCCCCCUCCGGCCGUUCCCGGCGGGGGGCAGAGGCGGCAGCGGGGGCCCGCCCGCGGCCCGCAGAAACCCCUUCGCCCGCCUGGAGAACCGGCCGCCGGCCGCCGCCGACACCCCCGACGGGCCCCCCGGCAGGCAGCAGGAGGCGCCGGGCCUGUUUUUAGAGUCUAAACAAGAAAAUGAUAUGCUGUGGGAAGAGAAGUUUGCUGAAAGUGCAACCGUUACUGAAUCACCCAAGACUCUACACAUAUCAUUGUCCGAAUCUGAUAUUCCAGCCUCAGAAAGCACUGAGUUACCUGUGGACUGGAGUAUUAAAACUCGACUCCUUUUUACCUCUUCUCAACCGUUUACCUGGGCAGAUCAUUUGAAAGCACAGGAAGAGGCUCAAGGUCUUGUCCAGCAUUGUAGGGCAACAGAAGUUACUUUGCCUCAAAGUAUACAGGAUCCGAAACUGUCCACUGAGCUCCGUUGUGCCUUCCAGCAGAGCCUUAUCUAUUGGCUCCAUCCUGCAUUGUCGUGGCUACCACUGUUCCCCCGUAUUGGAGCUGAUAGAAAAAUGGCUGGAAAGACAAGCCCUUGGUCAAAUGAUGAAACCCUACAACACAUUUUAAUGAGUGACUGGUCUGUGAGCUUUACUUCUCUGUAUAAUCUGCUGAAGACAAAACUUUGCCCCUAUUUCUACGUUUGUACCUAUCAGUUUACUAUCCUAUUCCGUGCAGCAGGAUUAGCAGGAAAUGAUGUAAUCACAGCUCUCAUCUCUCCCACAACUAGAGGUUUAAGAGAAGCUAUGAAAAAUGAAGGUAUUGAAUUUUCUCUGCCUUUAAUAAAAGAAAAUGGCCAUAAAAAGAAGAAAGUAUCUGGAACAAGCUUGGGAGAUGGGGAGGAGCAAACAAUCAGUGAUGAAGAUGAAGAAGAAAGUUUUUCCUGGCUGGAAGAGAUGGGUGUGCACGAUAAAAUUAAAAAACCAGACAUACUCUCUCUCAAGUUGCGCAAAGAAAAACAUGAAGUGCAAAUGGAUCACAGACCUGAAUCUGUUGUGUUGGUGAAAGGAAUCAACACCUUUACGUUGCUCAAUUUUUUGAUCAACUGUAAAAGUUUAGUUGCUAUCUCUGGUCCACAGGCAGGACUUCCACCAACCCUGUUAUCCCCUAUCGCUUUCCGAGGUGCUGCAAUGCAAAUGCUUAAGGCACGAAGUGUAAAUGUGAAGACACAAGUUCAUUCUGGAUACAAGGAUCAGUUUAGUUUGGAGAUUACAGGGCCUGUCAUGCCUCACUCUCUGCAUUCUGUGACAAUGCUACUCAGAUCUUCACAGAGUGGAUCCUUUUCUUCAGGAUUGUAUACUCAUGAGCCAACUGCUGUAUUUAACAUCCACCCCCCAGUGGACCAAGUACUGGAUAAGAAGAGUGUUCGUAAGGAUCUUGCUAACUGUGGGUUGCAUCCUAAGACUCUGGACCAUCUUACUCAAAUACCAUUACUGGGGAAAUCGUCUUUACGGCACGUGGAAAUGAGUGACUACAUUUAUAAUUGGAGAUCAUGAACACCAAAGUAAGCCUAAACGGAAUCUUUGAGGAAAAAAACCCUUCUAACAAGGAAAUUCAAGAUUCUUGUAUGUUUUGCUUUAAAAUUCAUGUCUGAAGUUGAAAGGAAUAGGACUAAUAAUUAUUCAUGUUUUUAUUACAUGCUUUGAGCAGGAUUUUUUAAAUCAAAUUUUUUUAUUUUUACUAUUUUGAGAUUAGAUAUUCAAAUAUGAAGGUAACCUUUUUGUUAACUACUUCCAAUAAGUUGAAUGCGAAUUCUACAUCCCGUACAACCGAAGUAUAAACCAAGUAGAAAACAGAAUUAAUGGGUUUUUCUUUCAAGUGGAAAAUUCAAACUGUGUUGCAGUUUACCUCAUGGCAUUGUGACCAGACAUGUAAGGGGAAAUUUUCAUUACUUCAGCAAUUUAUGUGAGACUAAUUAUUAGAUUCUUAUUUUUCUUUAGUACAAAUAUAGACACUAUCUACUGAGCUGUCAAUGCUUCUACCUCAGUUUCUUUACUACUGAUAUAAAAUUCCUCACUGCAAAUACAUUUUUUUUUUUAAUGCUUGUUAACCCAGAGAAAAAAGGUAUUUUGUAUUCCAUGUAGCGUUAAGAGUUGUAUAUCAGCUGGCAUGGUAAAACAGUAUUUAAUGUGCUAUUAUAGGUAUUUGUGUGUAUAUAUAUAAUUCAAAUUAAAUAAAAGUGCUUAGAACUCAA